CUUUCCACCAUCACCGAGCACGACGAGCUCGAGCUCGAGCUCAUUGUGUGACACGAUGAGUAAGACAGAAAAUCAAGUAUUCGCCUUCCCCCGUCCCGCCUCUCCAACGAAAGAAGAGCUACGGCCUAACGCCCAUCCCUACGCGAUAAAGACGACCUCUACUGGGGUGCUCACUCGUUCUAACUCGAAUGCGUCGCCGCAGCAGCAGAGCACAACCCACCAUUAUGUUCCCAGUCCAUCGCCCAGUCUGUCAAGGUCGAGCUCGUCGAAGUUGAAUGGUCGUGGACAUCGUUACAGUCGAAGCCUCAGUUCGGAUCUCCCGCGUCCUCUGCCCAUUCCGCCGCCAUCUCCUUCACAAAUUACAGGUGACGUCUUCAGCGAUUCAACGAGCGAAGGAUCGCCGGCUCGCCGGCCCAAGCGGUCGGAGACGCUACCUACGCCGCCUGGGGUAGGCCCACGUCGCUUGCCUGCCCUGGACGACCUUCCAACGAACCCGAAGUCAUGGACACCUUCUCAACUAUCUUUAUAUCUCUCUACGACGCUGAAGGUACGGUCGGGGGAGACCCUGCAGCUUCCAGCACCUGUAGCUCAGGAUGUUGCCGUGUUUGUUAGAGAGAGCAGAAUUACGGGCAGGUCCUUCCUACGCAUGAAGGAGGAGGACUUGGAACAGUUUCAAAUCAACAAACUCUGGCGUUCUGCUCUGCUGUCGGCCUCGAGAAGUCUUCGUCAAAAUGUACUUAAAGGCCGUAUCUGGGGCUUUGGCAAUGGAAUAGAUGGUUCUCCAUACUCUGUUGUUGCCGAGUCUGAUGAUGAACACACACCGAAUGGCCAUUUGCGUAGGAGAUCUUCCUCGCUUAGUGAAACACACUCGUCGAAUCCUUUCGUCAAUGGUUCCGCAUCGUCUGAUGACUUGGGGGACAACGAUACGCCCAUACGUCGGAGCCUAAGGGGAAAGGCCUCUGGUGGUCGGUAUCGGAACGGACGCGUCAAGGGUAUGGUGGAAACUUUUGAGCGAAGUAACAGCGUCGAUGAGGGACUAUCUGACAGCCACCCUCGUCGUGAGCGCAGCGGGAGCAAUGCAAGCACCAGUAGCGGGAGUAGUAUUUACGAAACCGCUGACAGCGCCUACGCCACCCUCAAACCGCGUCCACUGCCAGCGACACCUUCGGACUCUUCCCUUUCUACAUCUCCCCCUGAGGAGGAACCAUCAAUCGAAGAGCUUCUCGCUAAUUCUCACCUGUCAUCAGUGUCGCCGGUCAUGGAACGAGGUGAUAGUUCCUCCGUCACGAAACGACCCAAGAAGCGGCGUGGAGGAGCCGUAGGUGUGCAUGCAUGGGAAGCUGAGGUCGAGGAUAAUGAUAGCGAUGGGGAAGAUGGUCCGCAACGCGUUACAGUGAAGCGGAUUCUCCCUGUUCCAGGAACAACUGUGGAAGACCUGUUCGCUCUGGGUCCUAUUGCCAAGACAGAGAUAGAUGUUGGUGUGGAAUCUCUUCCCGAGGAGCCGGCGCCCUCCAUCGAUGCUAAAGCACGGGCGCAGGUAGAGGUGCUUGAGAAAGACCUCGAAACGACGAAACAGCUUAUCGAAAGGCUCAAGGCGCGAUUAGAGGUGGUAGAGAAGAGAGUUGAGAAUAUGGAAGUGGUAGAGGCGGAAAGGGAGAGGGAGGAAGAAGAGAGGCGGAAGAAGAGGGAAGAGAAGGAGAAACAGCGACAAGAAGAGAGGGAGCAGGCUGAAGCAUCUCGAACAACAGUUUCGACACCAUUCGAGCCCCAGACGUAUCUGGGAAAGAUUUUUCGCGCGCUGUUUGGUGCUCGUUCAACACCAUUAGCAAACGAUGACGGGCGACCACGAUUCUUGACAUCUUCAUACUAUGAAAGAUUUGUCGAGCCUACUACGCUCAGUGGACUACCCUCAUAUAUCCUGCUGGUCGGCUUGGGUGUCUGCGCUGUUGUCUUGAAGGUGUUGAUCCGCAAGAGCUUUGCUAUAGGUAUCAUCGCGCGAAGGCGCUAGAAACCGACACCACUCAUUCAUCUAUUUUCCUUUCUUGCAUAUUAUCUUUGUUUUUAUAUGAACUUAUUUCAUUCUGCUUCUACAUAGUUCUCUGUAUUUUUUCUCGUCCUCUCACGACUUGUCACGACAUUUCACGACAUAUUGACUACGACUACUUGCUCGCGCAGUGAUGAC